UUAAACAGGGCAAGAAAAAGAAAAGAAUCUUUCUCCUUUUCAGAAUAGAAGCUGCCACGUAGUUGUCAAAUACAGAUCGGUAGGUAACAGGGAAAUUUUUUUUAAGAAAUAUUCAAAGCCAGCGGGAAGCCAUUGCCGCCAACUCCAUUAAUACCAUUACCCAAUAAUUUUAGCAUCAAAUUUUUUGGCUUUUAGGGUUUAGAAAUUAGAACACCAUUUUUCUCUCUUCACCGUUCACGAUCUCCAUUCCCCUGCCUCAAUUUCACGCUACAAUUCCUUUCUUUUUUUUUCUCCCAGCAACCAAUUCCCCCUCGCCGCUAAAUCCCCCAAACUCUGGAAGGAAAAUCGCAAGAAAAUCGAAAGAAAAUCCACCCUCCUUUGCCGGCGGCAGGGGAGACAAUCUCAAGAAACCAGAGGCCGAGGAGACAGAGUGGUGCCGGGGAGAAUUAACAAUUCCUUCACAUAUGGCACCGAGUCUCCUGGCCUGCUUUGGCCGCAGCAAGAGCUCCUCCUCCCCCUCCGCCGCCGUCAAAAGAGACCAGUUUUCCGCCUCCCAGACCGUCGACGCGUCGGUCGAGGAGCAGCGCCGCGGCGGGCCCGUCGUGGUGGAGCUGUUCUCGUCGCAGGGGUGCGCGACCUCGCCGGAGGCGGAGGUGCUCUUGUCGAGGCUCGGGAGAGGGGAUUUUGCGCUGGAAGCGCCCGUGAUCGUGCUGGCGUUCCACGUUGAUUACUGGGACUACGCCGGUUGGAAAGAUCCCUUCGGUUCCAGCCAGUCGACGGUCCGGCAGAAGGCUUACAUCGAGUCCCUCAACCUCGACACCAUGUUCACCCCGCAGGUCGUUGUUCAGGGAAGGUCUCAUUGCGUUGGGAACGAAGAAGAGGCGUUGCUCUCUGCUAUCAUGAGCGCCCAGAGAUUCCCUUCCCCUGCCUUUCAGGCGACGUUUCAGAGGCCAUCGCCGGGGACUCUGAAGGUGUCUCUGUCGGGACCGUUGAGGAGCAAGAUAGAUGGGCAAGGGAUGGAUGUAAUGGUGGCACUGUACGAGAGCGGGCUGGUGAUGGACUGCCCGAGUGGGGAGAACAAAGGCAAGGUACUGGCGAAUGACUACGUGGUGAGGAGGAUGGAGAAGGUUGCUACUGUGAAAGAUGUCUCGGCCAAGAAAGUGGUGACUGCCAGUGUUCAUUUCCCGCUGUGGGAAGGAUUCAACGCGACUAAAUGUGGGGUGGCCGUGUUUCUGCAAAACAAGCAGCAUCAGAUUUUCGGGUCUCAGAACUUUCAGUUGCCGGAUUCCAUAUGACCGCAGAGUUGAGUUAUAUAUGGUCUUCGUGUAUGGGAAAAGGGUGUAAUUCUCCAUCUGAUUUUAGGCUCUUAUGUACAGCAUGUGAACUUCUCUUCCAUUCUCAUCUGGCUGUGGCCCAGCUCGAUCGUCUGUGUCUUGAUUUGCGCCAUUAUUUGACUGAUUCUUGCCAUUGGUUCAUGUGAAAUGAGAUUUGCUGCAUGUCUGAUUGGUUUCAAUGAGAUUUGCUGAAUGUUUGUUGAACUGGAAGCAAUCGCGCCAUUGUGCAAGCUUUGAUCAGCUUGCUGAUGAUUGCCCAUCAGCAAGACGUAUCAAAGGUCAUUUGGAAGUGCAACCAAACUUUAUACAAAAGAAAGCUUGUACCAAGUAAUUGUUUUUACAGUAAUGGUUGGGGUGUACAUAUCUAGCUGUAUUGCACAAGAUGGCAUGUAUCUGAGUUCCCGGCUCCUUGGAUGAAACUUGGAAAGCACUCUCUAGUAUUACAGAUCAAAAGGCUAAUUUCAUUUAGGUCCCCAGCAGCUCAAGAGGAAAACCUUUCUCAGAGAUGUCUCAGCUGGCUUUGCCUUUUCCUCCUCUGGUCUGGCCUGCAUGGCUGGAGAGAGGGAAGUCUGGGCAGAGUCUUUGAGACCAAGAGAUGCUCCUAGAGAUAAAACAACGCAUGUUGUUGGAGUAGUGAGUCUCGUCAUAAGUUCCGAAAACAGAGAUUGAGUGUUGAAACAGUCACAGCAGACAGCACUGCAGUGAAGGAAAUGAAGAACACAGAGUGUUGUACUGUACAAAGCAAGGCUUUGCUUGCAAGACCCUUGUGCUUGUAGGACUGCGUUUUAUAUAGGCCCAAGAGACACCAGUUUGGGAUAACACAUGGAAGAUGGAACCUCAUUCUUGGCUCAGAGAGAGGUGAGAAAGUGGAGAAUAUAUUAGGCUGAGUAAGUUGUUCCUUAAGGAUAGCUAAUCUUCCAGGUCACUUGGAUUUUGGAGAAUAUAUGCUUCUCUGCUGCAAGUGCCGAGAAUAUGCAGUCCGUUCUGUCGAAAUCGUAUUGUUUAUGCUUCUGGUUUAGUUAGGCACAAAGGCACUUAAUUC